CGCCAACAGCCUUUACUGUAAGUCAUACUGUAGGUUAUGUGGCAUUGGCUCCAAAGCUGAGGAGAGGAUUGCUUGCGGUUGCUGCAUUAAUGGCACACACAACUAUGACAAGAGUUGUUUCAUUGAUUGAAAAGCAUUUUGAGGACUGCAUUUUUCUCACGAAGGGUGGAUGGAUGCAUCACAGCGGGUGUGCACGCAUGAGAAGCUGCAGUGAUCAACAACAAAUCGAAUGUAUAAAUUGGAGAGACUAGCUGUUGAUUCACAGCUGAAGGCGCACGAGCCCAUUGGGCACAGACGUCAAUUCAACGUCUAUUCCAUGUUGGUUCAACGCAAUUGCAUUGAAUUGGCAUUGAAUUGCCGUGGAAACAACGUUGAUUAAACCAGUGUGUGUCAGUGAGAGGUUUGUCUGCUCGGAAUAUCCAGAAUCUUUUUUUUUUCCAGCUGUGACAAUAAAACUAUAAUGACUUUGUUACGCACUUUAAGGAUAUAAUGGAAUAUUUUGUUUACAUAAAAACAAUACUGCUUAGAUUUCAUUGGAUAAUAUUCAUUAUUUGGUGAGUGGUGAAUAUAGAAUUUUCUUCUGGGACGUUUUUCCAUCACUAAACCGCCAAACUGGCUAUGGCCGCUGCGAUCGCCAGCUCCCUCAUUCGGCAAAAGAGGGAGCGGGAGCGGGAGAAGGCGAAUGCCUGCCGCUGCGCAAGCAGUCCGAAUAUUUGCAAAGCAGGGGACAGGGGACCCUGUGAGAAACCGAGCAAGCUGAACGUGUUCUCACGCGUCAAACUCUUUGGCUCUAAGAAACGGAAGAGAAUAAGUCGACCAGAGCCCCAGCUCAAGGGGAUAGUGACGAGGCUGUACAGCCGCACAGGCUUCUGCCUUCAGAUGCAGGCUGAUGGAACCAUCGAUGGAACCAAGGACGAGGACAACAGCUAUGCUGUGUUCAACCUCAUUCCUGUUGGGCUGCGAGUGGUGGCCAUCCAGGGGGUUCAGACCAAGCUCUACCUAGCCAUGAACAACGACGGCUUCCUCUACACUUCGGAACACUUCACCCCGGAGUGUAAGUUCAAGGAGUCAGUGUUUGAGAACUACUACGUGACCUACUCCUCCAUGCUCUACAGACAGCAGCAGUCGGGCAGGGCCUGGUUUCUUGGCCUCAAUAAAGAGGGAGUCAUCAUGAAAGGGAACCAUGUGAAGAAGAAUAAACCAUCAGGCCACUUCAUCCCCAAGCCACUGAAAGUUGCCAUGUACAGGGAACCCUCACUCCAUGAUCUGACCGAGUUCUCCCGCUCCGGCAGCGGUACUCCCACUAAGAGCCGUAGUGCAUCAGCCCUGCUGAACGGAGGAGGGAAGACACUGAGCCAGAACGAGCAGUCCACAUAGCUGGGGUGGUCAGCGUCAGGUAGAGGGCGGUUCUCACUGUAAGCAGACUCAACUGAUCCUCAUCAAACUGAACAGGUGGCGAGGAAGCAAAUUAGCUUAGCUUAGUGUGUACUGAAACCACUGUGACAGACUAUGACAUCAUCAAUUAAAUAAAUCAUGAGCGAGCUUCUGCGGGUCAACUUUGCUAUGAACUUCGAUACGAAAAGCCAUUUUGCUGGUCUGGAAUUUAUAUUCUUCCUUGUAUUCUUGAGCAUAUGUAGUGUAUUACCAAUGUAUAUCUCUCUGAAGGUCUUGAGAGGGAGAGUUACUGGUCAGUAUUUAUGUGGUCCAUCAACUGUUGCUUUCAUGCCUCCUAAAAAAAGCUUUUUUGUGUGUUUGAGUCCAAGGUGUACAUAUCUGCAAGCCUUCUGCCUCGUCUACCAUAGAAAUUGCUUGCCAGCUAUACUGAUUGCGAUCAUUUGUUCCUGUGUACCAAAGAGUCAAGCGUAUUUCUCUAGUUUUACUCAAGGCAAAGAAAGAAAGAAAGGAAMAAAUAAAUAAAUCGAAUCACAAGCAUAGGCCAUGUCCUCAAUCUGUCUUACCUACUACUAGAACUACACACUGUGUAGUGUGUACUAAUUGUACUACAUACUAUUUAGAACGUACUGUUUAGUAAACAUUUAUGCAGUAAGCAACAAAUAUCAACAUACUAGGCUCACCCAUACUGAGAAUGCAUCAUCUAAUGCACAAUUGCGUUGUUUUCCGACAUUCAUUCAUUUUGGUACAACCCAUCCCCCUUUUUUGAUUAUCAGCUGAUAUGUUGUCAAACACACGUGAGUCUAAGACAAAUCUCUUCCUCAAUAGCAUGACAUCCUGGCAUUUAAAGCAUACUCCAUUUUCAAUAUGUGUCAUACUAUGAAACAUUCUAUUUUCGCCUACCCAAUCAGUCUACUAGUUACAACACAAGGAGGUGACGGGUAAUCGGACACGGACAAUUGUGUGGUCUACAGCAACUUGUUUUAAUAAUAAAAUAGAGAAACAGAGUAGUUGUUUAAAAACUUAUGUCAACCCUUUUACAGUAUUGUGUCAUUAGUAGUCUCCUUUGACAAACUAUAAACAACAUUUCGUAUGGUAUUUAGAUGUAUUCAGUCAUUUGUUUGCGUGUGUGUGUGAAAGGAUAAUAACAUAAUCCUUGAUUUUUUAUUUUACCAUCAAAUGGGGAUUAUUAGUGAAAUUGAGGGCUCUUACAGAUUAAAUGAUUGUUUGUAUUCUCCUGCAUUGUUUCCCCCCCCUGGAGCCGAAUAGAUGCUUAUGUCUAUCAUUUUGAUUGAUUGAUUGAUUGACACUAUUAUUGCAUGGGAGACUGUGGACCUCUGGGAAAUAGCAGCAUGAUGUACUGUAGGUCUACUUUGCUUAUUAUCUACCUGUUUUGGACCCUGUGCUCCAGUCUAUACCAGACUACAAGUGAAUGAUCCACAGAGCACAGAUACACUUUUAAUCUGGUACCUUCUUGCAGUAGGUUAUUUGUUGUUCUAACGAAAAUGCACUGAAUAAAAUGUUUAUAAGGAAA